GUAUCUAACCUUAUUCAUCCGAUUGAAGCGCCUCUAGUAGUGAAUUACAGAACUUUACAUGUAAACAACGUGUUCGUUUGAUAAGAGCGUAUGGUUUAUUUUUAAAAUUGAAAUACAUUUCUAUUUUGACAUUAUUUAGGAUAAUUUAAUCAUUUCUAACUAAAAUAAUGGCCAGCGGAGAUGAUGUUGAUGUCGAUAAUAGCACAUUGCAGGAAUAUGAAAUAGAAGCAUUAACUGCCAUAUAUGAAAAAGACUUAAUAAUUGAUGAAGACUCGAAGAAUCAAUUUAGUAUUGUUAUAAGAAGUCCGCAACAAGAUAAAGAUGUCACUCUACAGGUAACAUUUCCUCCAGAUUAUCCCAAAAUUUCUCCUCCAUAUUAUCAGUUGAGUGCUCCUUGGAUGAAAAGAGAAGAUAAAAUAGAUUUGUAUAAUAAAUUGGAGAAUAUUUAUUGUGAAAAUAUUGGAGAAAACAUUAUCCAUCGAUGGAUAGAUAAAAUUUCUGAAGAAGUGGAAAUGAUAAUUAGCAAUGAAGAAAAAACUGAAAGUAAAAAACAGUUAAAUAAAAGUAAACUACAACUUCAUUCACCAUCUAAGCCAACCAUAUGUAUUAAAGAGCCUAAUAUAUACCAUGGGGAACCAAUAACAGAAAGAAAAAGCACUUUUCAAGCACACUUGGCAAGAGUUUCUAAUGUAGAAGAGGCAAAAUUUACAUUAUUGAAAUUAAAAGAAAAUCGCAAAAUUGCAUCGGCCACGCAUAAUAUUUAUGCUUACAGAAUACAAAAUACCGAAAAUACUUUGAUACAAGAUUGUGAGGAUGAUGGAGAAACACAUGCAGGAUCACGUUUACUUCAUCUAUUACAGAUUUUGGAUGUUAAAAAUGUGAUAGUUGUAGUAUCAAGAUGGUAUGGUGGUAUACAUCUGGGACCUGAGAGAUUUAAGCAUAUCAAUAAUGUUGCCAGAGAUCUUCUACAACAACAUAAUUUUAUACUGCAACAGAUAAAAAUGGCAGAAGGGUUCAGCAAGUGGAUGUGUUACCGACUACACAAAGAAUAUGAGAUUGGAAUUGACAGGUGGGGCACCUCUAUAUCUCCAUGGGCAUCCUCCCAAAGAACAAUUGUAAGGACCUGAAUUGACAGGAAUGCAACGGUAAUGAAAUGGGAAGGUAAGGAAGAAACUCCCAAAGGUUUGACAUAAUAUAUAUAUUAUAGCCCUGGCAACUAGGGGUCAAUUGAAAAAAGGGGAAGAAGGAGAUCAUGACCAACUAGAACAUCCAAUUGCAGAUGUGAAACCUUUAAAAUUCCUGAAACUCAAGGCUGAAAGCUUUUUUCCACCAAGACAGUCUAACUUUUAAUUGAGUGAUACGUGUGAGACUAAUUCCUUCUAUUAUUGUAUUAGUACAGAACACUGAUCUGCCAAUAAGUGAACCCUGGGAACAUCCUUGUAUUCCCAGUCCAUCACUGUCAUCAGACUCACUGUGUAUCCUGUUGAGUUAGUUUUUAAGAAAAAGGAAAUCUCCCAAACUUUUGUAAAAUGUCUUUUGCAUUCUAGUAAACAGGUGUUAAUUGUAAACAGAGUUCUUAUCUAGGUAUCUAACAUCACCAUUCACAUACACAGAUCACACUUUCUCAUCAUCCUGAAUGACACCACCUCCUCCUUAUAUAGGUGUGUGUGGACCACAACAAAGACCAGGUCAGUGAUAAGAUGUCACGGAGUUCUCAUACAAGUAAAAAUUUAUAUGAAGUUUACAACAAACAUUUUAAAACAAUUUUUAUAUAUACAAAUAUACUGAAUAUUUCCUAAAAUAUCAAAAUUACAGUGAACAUUCUAAACUAAGAUGGGAUUAUUUUGUAUUUUAUGCUGUAAGAUAAUUUUAUAAUUUUUUAGUAAUAAAAGUUGAUGUAAAGUGAAUAAGUUAAGUGAAUAUUAAAUGUAAAUUAAUGACCAUAGCAUUAAUUUCCAAUUAACAGUAUACUCUGAUUUUACCAAAAUAUAUUCUAUUCAAAUCAAAUCAAAAAUAUUAAAGUGAACAAGACCAGAUUAUUUCUCACCCUUUGCCUUCAAGA